UGCUGUUCUAAAUAGGUUGGUAAGUAGACACACCUUGUGAGGCAGCAGCAGCAGCAGCAUGAUGGAGUCGGCACCCACAUCCAGACUCGCCAAUGAGACCACACAUUCCUCUGCUGAUACCUGCCUGAAGUCCAUUAGAAUGGAUCUCUUUGUCCAUUUUUCACUAAUUCCAGCAGUUAUGAUCACAUUAUUGUUAUCCUAUGUACAACGCCGGACAAGUCUUUUGAAAACAACAGAUAAACUUCCACUGAGCAAGAAAUUUGGCAUUGUUGUGCCAGUGAACUUUAUAAGCAGCUACUCAAAUAGAUGGUCUUAUGGAGCUGCAUGUGGGGCAACAGCUACAACUGUUUUUCUCCUGUUUUUCGAUGAGUAUUCAAACUACUUUAACUUUAAUGCUCCACCCUGGGCCAAAGCUCUCGUUUAUCUAUUGUCUGCUCUAGAGGUUGCUAUGGAUUAUUAUCCUUUCUUUGCCUGUCUAUCAACUGGCAACAGAAUUCUUGGUUCAUCUCUAGGAUUCUGCUACGCUGUCUGCUGGUUUUGUGUGCAGUUGGCUGAUAUGUUUGAAUGCCAGAAGAUAACUCAUGCUUCAGUCAUCCUUCUCCUCACUCCUGUCCCAUCUCUAGUUUGCUGUCUGUUUCUAAUAGGAAGAUUUUUGCAUAUCUUGGUGGAAACAAUUUUGGCUCUUCGCAGACCUGAAGAGAAACAGGAACAAGAGGAACCAUUGCUGCCCAAACAUCUGACAUACUACUUGAAAUACCUCCUGAAAGGCUUCCCUGAAAUAGAUACAAAGAGAUUUUGGCUCAAACAGAAGAUUUAUACAUUUGACCCAUGUUUUAAGUUUCCAACUAGGAUUAUUGUGACAGCUGUGCUCUGCCUCAUUUGUUUGUACAAUUUUUUUUUAGUAGAUUUGUUUGUUUCACCAAAAGCCGUGAAGGGUCUGGAACAUAUGGCGCUCAUAACAGUAAACCUUUCCUAUGCAAACCAGACAAUAUGGGUCUUACAUUUGCUGAAAGAUAGCUGGUUUUAUGCAACCUUCCCAGCUGCCUUUACAAGUGUUGUUUACAUCUUGCACUUACUAUCCUGCUACAGGAAACAAAUGAUAAAACUUUAUAAAGGCACCUCAGAUGUUUCAUCUCGCAGUAAACCUCCAGUCAUUCUGGCAGCAAGCAUUCGAUAUACUGGGAAUCAGAUUGCUUACUUGCUGUGGGGUUAUUUUCUUCUGCACAUUCUGUUCUUUCUAAUUAGUCUGAUGAUCACUUUCUGGUUUAUUAUCCCAGUACAAGAGGGAAAUGGAUUGAUAAUUCUCCAAGGCUUAGGUUAUACAGUACUGGGUAUUGUGAUAAUGGUUGGUGUCAUUGUGAUACAGAUUUUGGCAUCUCAGUUCUUCUUCCUACAAGAUAAAAUCAACCCAAAAGACAAAAGCAAACCACUUGCCAUCAACAACAGGAGAGCCUUUCAGAACUUCAGCUAUUUCUUCAUGUUUUAUUCUGCAAUCCUCGGCUUUGGAGCAUGCCUAAUCCGUAUCUUGCUUAAUGUAUUUCUGGGGAGCUGGUUACUUGCUAGGAUCGAUCGCCCCCUCUUUCCAAGAGGUUACGAAGGUGCAGAUAUAGGAUACAGCACUUGGAUUGGUAUGCUCCUGGUUGACUUUCAUCAUACUAACCCAGUGGCCCUGUCUUUUUGUCAUCUACUCUUACAUGAUUUGUCGACCAGCAAAAAGCAAACAAGCCCAGAUGUGCUUCACGAAUGCAAGAAGAAACAUAGAAGAACAAAGUGGCACUUAGCCUAUACUCUGAUUAACAACCCAGUGCUGAUCCUAAGCCGGAAACAACGUGACUGCUCUUCUAGCUCUUUGCCCCUAAGGCAGGAAAUGUUAGAUAGAAUAAGGAUUUCUGCUGUUCAUUCCCGUUGCCACAAGCAAGCACUGGCAGACAAAGGCACGAAGGCACCAACAAGAAGAGACAGUUUGGGAGAUGGCGAUCAGAUCUGAAUAUUCCUAAUAUGAGCAGACAAUGAGAUAAAACUUGCAUAACUGACAGACAGUUGCAGUAAUUAUAAACUUGUCUGGUACUUGAAGACUAUAGUGCAAGUUGCAUUUUUAAUGUGGUUGGUAUAGAGAUGACAGGUGGAGGAGAAAAAAUAUAACAGAAUGGCCAGUGGUUAUACAGAUAGGCAAAGUAAAGACAUUUGUAUUUAAAUUAUGUUUUUUAAAAUAAAAUAAAAAACAAGGUUUUCUAAAUCA